AUGCAAAGAGAAAGGAGCGAGAACAUGAGUGAAUGGUGCCUAAUUGAAAGCAACCCGUGCAUUUUUAAUGACAUGCUUAAUCGAAUGGGUGCAAAAGAGCUUUCAGUGGAAGAUGUGUACGAUUUAGAAUUUUUUGAUGAUUAUAUAAAUAACAAAGACGUUGUAAAUAUAGAAAAUAUUUUAAGUAUUCAGGAAUAUAAAAGUGAGAAAGAAAAAAAAAAUAAUGUAGACGAAAAUGUUCUGAACAGUUCAGGUGAAAAAGUGUUAUAUAACAAUAAUAUAUGCAGAGAAACGAAAUAUAAUAAAUUGUUAAAAAAUAACAGUUAUCUUUAUGGAAUUAUUUUCUUAUUCAAUAUUGGAAACAAUUAUAAUAAAAAUAAAUUUAUAGAACAUGUUGUUCCUGAAAAUCUUUUUUUUGCAAAACAAGUUAUUCCCAAUGCAUGUGCAACGCAGGCAAUUUUAUCUAUUGUUUUAAAUAAAAAUAUAGAAUUAAAUGAAGAAAUAAAAAAUAUAAAAUCAUUUAGCGCUAAUUUUGACAGUUCCAUGAAAGGGUUUACUCUAUCCAAUUGUAAUUUCCUCCGUAAUAUACACAAUUCCUACAAAGCUCCAGUAUAUGUUGAAAGAGAAAAUUUAAAUGAAGAAAAAGGAAAAUCUAAUGAUUCUUUUCACUUUGUUUCAUAUAUACAAUAUGAUAACAAUGUAUACAUGUUGGAUGGACUACAGGAGGGUCCAGUUUUGAUAGGUGAUACAACAACAGGAUUCCAAAAUGGAACUAAUGAAAAAGCUAGCUGGAUAUACAUCGCUAGAGAACAUAUAAAAAAAGAAAUUAACGAUAUUUGCAACAGUAAUAAUAAUAAUAAUGGGAAAGGAGAAAGGGAAUCAGACAAUCGAUUCAAUAUCUUAGCUGUAACAAAAGAUAAAGAAUUUAUUAUUCAAGAAUUUAUUAACAUACAUAGAGUUCUAAGACAAAGAGUGAAUAUUAAAUUAAUUAGUCUAGGAAAAAACAUUACAUUAACCGAUGAAAUUAAUGAAGAUUAUUAUAACUCUCUAAAUAUUCCAACUAUAGAACAGCUUCCUGAUAGUAUACCUGAACUUGAUGAUAUAGAGAAAAAAGCAUCAUUAGAAAUUACUUAUUUAGAGAGACUUUUAAACGAUCAAAUAGAGAUUAAAAAUGCAUGGAAUAAGGAACUCACCUUUAAAUUUUUUAAUUUUUAUCCAUUUAUUAUGUCUUCUCUGAAACUUAUGGCCAAGCAUAAGCUUUUGAAAGAGGUCUACCAAAAGGAAAAGCAGAAGAAGAUCACCCUCUGA